AAGCUUAAGUCAUCCCAGAAGGACAAGGUCCGCCAGUUUAUGGCAUGUACUCAGGCUGGGGAAAGAACUGCUAUCUACUGCUUAAUGCAGAAUGACUGGAAACUAGACGAGGCCACGGACAGCUUCUUCCAAAACCCAGACUCAUUCCACAGGGAAUCCAUGUGGAACACGGUGGACAAGAAGAAGCUGGAGCAGCUGUAUGGCAGGUACAAAGACCCACAAGAUGAAAACAAAAUUGGAAUUGAUGGGAUCCAACAGUUUUGUGAUGAUUUAAACCUAGAUCCUGCUAGUAUCAGCGUUUUGGUCAUAGCAUGGAAGUUCAGGGCAGCAACUCAGUGUGAAUUUAGCAAAAAGGAAUUUGUAGAUGGCAUGACAGAGCUUGGGUGUGAUAGCACAGAAAAGCUAAAAGCUCUUCUGCCAAGAUUGGAACAAGAGCUUAAGGACACAGCGAAGUUUAAAGAUUUUUAUCAGUUUACCUUUUCCUUUGCUAAGAAUCCUGGGCAGAAAGGUUUAGAUUUAGAAAUGGCUGUUGCAUAUUGGAAGCUAGUAUUAUCGGGCAGGUUUAAGUUUCUAGAUCUCUGGAACACAUUCUUACUGGAGCAUCACAAAAGAUCGAUUCCAAGGGACACUUGGAACCUUCUACUAGAUUUUGGAAACAUGAUUGCAGAUGACAUGUCCAACUACGACGAGGAAGGAGCGUGGCCUGUUCUCAUAGACGACUUUGUAGAAUAUGCGCGGCCAGCAGUCACAGGGGGAAACAUGGCUCUUUCCAGGCAGAAAAUUAAGAUGGAUUGAGAGUGCAAAAUGAAUUGCGUCCUGCAGGGGGACGUUUUGGUCUGCUGCUGUGCACGUUUGUUGCUGAUUUCAGAGGACAGCCUUGCCUCGUCACGAAACUGGAAUAACCAUCUUAUUCUGGAUAACGAUGAGCGUGGCUGAUUUGGGACAUCAUAAGAAGUUCCUCAGAAGAUAACAGCUUUGGAGUGUUUGGAGACUUGCCAUCACAGCUGUUGCUUUAGGAGAUUUCUGCAUGGUUUUUGUAUUUACAAAAAAGUAACAUCAAGCCUGUUUGUAGGAUUGCAGAGCAUGCCAUUUAAUUCAUGAUGUAAGGUGUACACCAGCAAUUAUCAGAACUCCUGCUAAGUUAUAUUGUAAUUACACUUAAAAAACAGUAUUGUGUCCUCAGUAGAAUGUCACAUUUUUAUACAAGUCAGAGCUGUUAAAAAUGUGCCCUAAGGAAGAUGAUCUUGUCAGAGUCUAAUGUUUUUUUAAACUUGGUACAAGGAAUUCAAGAUUUAUAUUUUUUGAAUUAUCCAAUGUCUAGGUUUAUGAGAUCUAUUUUUGUUCUCAUUUCUCUAGGUGUUCAUCUGAAAAUCACUUUAUAGUUUUUAAUACACCACUACAGUUUGCACAGUGGUGGCCCACGUAGCGUGUGAUUCCAGCAGAGUUUUGUU